CAGCAGGGACAAUAGACCAGACAGAAGCAAGACUCCAAGAAUUCAUCCUACUUCAAGCAGAAGCCCAGACACAACAAUGCAUGGAAAGAGUGUGGUCCACCGCAGCUCCGGCACACUAGCCGCAGCUGAGCUGGGUUGCCAGGUAUCAGAGAAAGAUACAUCACGGAAGGAAUCAUUCACUGCUGAAUGGAAAGACCUCUCACUAACCGCUAGGCCUGAAGAAGGCUGGUCUCGGUUUGAGGCAGACAAACAGCACAGAGAAACCUAUCACCAACAACAGGAGGCCUGGGUCAUUGUGCAGAGGUCUCCAUGGGGCAUCCUUCGUUUGGGUCUUCUGGGUGAGCCUCUGGUCUCCUACCAUCUGCCAUACCAGCGGCCCUUGCCCUUGCCCAUCUUCACACCAGCCAAACUGAGCACCAGGGAGCUCACACCUACUCCUUCCAUGGAAUCCAUGGAGUCCUUGCCAGCGACGGGUGUGUGCCCUGAUAAGAAAUCUGUAGCUGAGAUCACCAAGGAAUUGCCCCUCGUCAUCCAGCCCAGCUGCCCCGACUUCAAAAAAGCAGGCUUACCCCGAUCAUUGUCCCGCUCCAUGUCUCAGGAGGCCCAGAGGGGUUGAGGCUAGGAGACCCCAACAAACAACUUUCCUUUUGGAACUGGUUUGGAUGCCUCGGAGGGGCCUCCCCACAUCUGUUGCUGCAUGAGGACAAUCUGAAGGGGCCCAGACAUGUAGAAAAGUUUUGGUAGGAUUGAACCCAUCUUGAUUACUCAGACUGAGAACUCUUGGGGUAGGAAGGGGUGGGGACAAGGACUGAGACUAUCUCUGUGUGUGUAUAUAUAUAAUUAGAUGUACAGCAUCAUGGACUUCUGCGACCAGUGCUUACCUUUCUGCAUUGUGCAUUGUUGGCUUUUUUUUUUUUUAAGACUACCUCCCUGGGGGAAUAGGGAAAGCACCCGAAUUAAAGGAAAAAAAUAGACAAAAAUUGUAAUGCCCAAAACAACCGUGAGGAGGUUAAGGGUACUCCCUUACAUUACAUAGUGUGAAAUACAUUUGUAGACAAAUGGUGAAGUUGUAGACAAAUGGAGGGUGUUGGGAGACACAGUUCCAUCCUGAGUUUAGCAGGAGAGAGCUAGGAGGAUUCCUCCCAAGUUCUAGCUUUGGAAAAGAAAGGUUGAAGGGUUAAUGGCAAGUGAGAGAGUAUGAAAGACGGUGGUGAUGUUCUUGACUCUGAUUCAGCAGAAGUGCUCUGUGGUGCAGAUGUUUGGGAAAAAAGAUAUCCAUGUUGUACUUGAGGUGGAGCGAGUGGUUAAUGGGAGAAAGUGACUUUCAAAUAGGUCUGGCUUGGGGUUGUAUGGGACUCCUCUUUGUCACUGGAAAUUUUCCAAGUACAAGUGCCAUGUAAAAUGAGGAACAAUUGCAACUUGGGGAGAUUAUAAGCCAAAGUGGAAUCAAAGGGCUCAGAGAGAAAUGGAAAGGUAGGGGCUUUAGGUAGAUAGAACAGCUUCAUGAAACAGAUUUGGUUUUGCCCCCCCUCCCCCACCUCCUCAUCCCCUCCCAGGGUAUGACAGACUAGAGACAAGAGGUUAAGAAGUGUAGAGAAUUCCACUGUGAACAUCCCUGAUGCCCUGUAUUUAUUUUCCUCUGUUGUACUUUUAAAGAAAAUGAAGAGAUUUCUCAUAGUAGAAUGCUGUACUAUUCUUUAUUGUAUUGUUAUAGAUCAAUAAAAAUGAAGUAAAUGAUA